GUCUGUGAGCAGAUGAACACCAGACCUGGCAGAGUAUAGGUAGACCAAACUGUGGGCGCCGAAGUCGGUGUUUUACCUGUAAAGCUUUACUGGCGGCAACUUUUGCAUUGAGGGUUUUGGAAGGUUCAUAGAUUGAAAAGCCUAGCCGAAGACCAGCUGCAGACUACGUUGCUUUUAUCCUUGCGAAAACACGUAGUCUAUUAGGUUAUGCCCAGGUUUUCAGAAUGAGAUUUCCGAAAAGAAGACGACACGCUGCGGUGGAAGAAGAUGCGUCAGAGAUGUCUGCCCGGUUCCGAAAUCCUUUCGUCCACGAGUUAAAAUUUACGCUACUGCAAAAAAUCAAGAUCGGCCUGAUGACGGUGACACUGCUUCCGUUCCGCCUCUUCCUGGCGGCGUUCUGGAUGCUGCUGGCCUGGCCUUUCGCCUUCGUGGCCACCGUGGGCCGCGCCGACAACACCGUGGAGCCGGUCAGCUGGAGGUGGCUGGUGGACCUGGCCCUGAAGGCCAUCAUGCGGGCCAUGUGGUUUUCCGGAGGCUUCCACUGGGUGCGGGUGAAGGGUCAGCCGGCUCUUCCCAGCGAGGCGCCCAUUCUCACGCUGGCGCCUCACUCCUCCUACUUCGAUGCCAUCCCCGUCACCAUGACGAUGGCCUCCAUAGUCAUGAAGGCGGAGAGCAAGGAUAUACCCGUGUGGGGCACUCUCAUUAAGUUCAUCCGGCCGGUGUUUGUGUCCCGCUCGGAUCCCGACUCCCGGAGGAAGACGGUUGAGGAGAUUAAGCGCAGAGCUUGUUCUGGAGGGGAGUGGCCACAGAUCAUGAUCUUCCCUGAGGGGACGUGCACCAACAGAUCCUGUCUCAUCACAUUUAAGCCGGGUGCCUUCAUCCCCGGAGUGCCUGUGCAGCCGGUGGUGCUUCGUUAUCUUAAUGAAAUGGACACAAUCUCAUGGACGUGGAGAGGGCCUGGAGCGUUUAAAAUCCUGUGGCUCACUCUUUGUCAGCUGAACAACCGUCUGGAAAUUGAGUACCUCCCAACUUACACACCUUCAGAGGAAGAGAAGAGCGACCCAGCUCUGUUUGCAACCAACGUGCGGCGGCUGAUGGCUAAAGCGCUGGACACACCCAUCACUGACUAUUCCUUCGAGGACUGCCAGCUCGCCAUGGUUCAGGGCCCGCUGCGUCUCCCGGGCAACACGUGCCUACUGGAGUUUGCGAGGCUGGCGCGCCGACUCGGAUUGAAAGCAGGGCUCUCAGAUGAAGUCCUACAGGAACAGGGCGGCAGGGCACGCAAGCUGUGGGGAGACAAGCUGGGACUGGCAGACUUUGCCCAGUGCAUCAAUCUGCCUGUGACGAACAUGCUUCAGGACAUGUUUGACAUGUUUGAUGAGCAUGGUACUGGACAGGUGGACAUCAGGGAGUACGUCAUCGCCUUAUCAAUGGUCUAUAGACCCUUUAAAGGCCUGGACACCAUUAAACUGGGGUUCAGGAUGUAUGAGGCGGAGGAGGCUGGAGGGGUUACCGAGGAGGAUUUGUCCGUCGUCCUCAGAAGCACUCUGGGCCUGACCGACCUGGAGACCUCACGCAUGUUCACAGUCCUGGAUUCUGCUCAUAGAGGGAGAAUCACAUUCGAGGAGUUUGAGCAGUUUGUGGAGCGGUGUCCAGACUUUGUGGACCGGUACCUCCUCAGCUCUGGGUCAUCCCAGCCCAGCUGUCCUGUGAUCACACCGCCCCCAGUGUCCAGCAAUGGCUUCUGCACAGACUUCAGCCCUCACGACCAACAACAUAGCCACACAAACAACCACACUCCAACGGAUAACAAGAAGGUCAACUAGGCUGUUCUCUCAACACUGCCUAUGUGUGUGUGUGUGUGUGUGUGUGUGUGUGUGUGUGUGGGCGUGUGUGUGCCUGUCAGCGUGUGUAUGUGUGUGUGAUUUUUUGUGUUCCAGACUGAGCAAAAACAUUGUUUUAUGAGUGUUAUAUGAAGAGGAGGUGGACCUUGAAUGGACACACGUCCAAACCCUCUUUUGAAUACACGUGUUUUAUUUAUGAGGCAUUUUAGUCAUUUUUUGAGGGCUGAUGUAUUGGUUUUAUUUUGACAUUUCACAAUUUUGUUCAUCCUGAAGUCCUUCCAUUCAUUGAAGGAACUUAUGAGACCCUAUUUCAACAAUAUAUGUUUUAUAAUGCCUUUUUGAGAGAGUAUCAAUUAUUUAUUUUGGAAAAAAAAGAUUUUUUUCCUCUAUAUUUAUACAGAUUCCUGCUCAAUUUGAGAAAACAUGGUUGGAAUACAACUAAAACACACAUUUUCUCAUUUAUGUACCGUAUUUAAAAUGUAUUUCAAUUACCAUGGCAUAGCCUUCUGUGACCUGUAGUUGCUAUGGGGGGCUCAGACAUAGCUGGAAUAUUUUCUUACACAGACACUCAUUAUCACAAACACUCUUCCUGUGUUCUCAUUCGCAUUCCAUUGCCGGUGUGAUCCUUGGGCCUCUUUAGAACCACAAUAGCCUUCAUUGUAGAUCUUGGAAGAAGUUAACACAGUUCUGGUAAUUUUUGCUUUAAAACAUCCACUAUAGAGCAUCUUUACCAGCUCGUAUAUACCACAGUUAAGUGAAAUAUCAACUAGAGAGGCCAGGCAGUGCUCUGUUUGUUGACGAGUAAGGCGAAAGAAGAAAAACUAUCCAAAGGUCAAAAACAUAAACUGCUGAGGGAAUUUUUGUUGUUGUAUCUAAAUGGAAAUGAUAUGUUGGCAUCAUGUUGAUCUUUCUUGAGAUUCACCCGAAGGUUUUAUCCCCAGCUAGUUUCAUGCGGACCCAGAUUAUAAUCUGGACAGGAUCUACUCAUUGCAUAUCAUGAAACGCUAUCUCUUUAUCACUCACGGUUCUGUUUUUAGUCUGUUAAGGGCCAAGGAUCGCUCCUGCAUAGUCUUCAGAAGGAAAUGCUGUCAUGUGCUGUUACAUGCACUAUAUCAUAGUGUGCAGAUGAAUAGGGUGAGAUGAGAUCAAACUCAACAGUCCUCUUGACCGUUAUACUGUCUCAGGUGGUCAGUGGCUCUUCAUCCUAAUUAUCACUGAUCCAGCACAUCCCAAAUCAAGGGGGUGAGUCGAUCUGUUCAAUCUGUUUGUGUCAUAAGUACGUACCAUGUUUUUAGAACACUCACCAGUACAGUUUUUUUUUUAAUGGAAUGUGGAUUGAACUGCUGUUUUGAACCAAGAUUAUUUUUAUCUGAUGUACUGAGGUAUUUUUCAUUGUUUCUUUGUCAUUGGAGAGGACAAAGCGAGGAAUAAAUAUGUGACCAUAUGAACUGA